AUGAUGAUCGUGCGCCAGCUUUUCUCACCCAACACGCUCGACACGCUCGGCUGCAGUCAUCAGGCCCGAACGUCGGGACGGGCAUCGGGAUAUCUCGGUGCGGGCCAAGACCGCGGCGGAAAUUCCCGUGGCGGCGAUUCGUGGGCGGCGCGACCGCCAUCUACGACAUUGCGCCGCCCGUCGUGCGGCCGGACCGGAGAAUGGGCAGCGCUGAGCGCGGACGGGGAGAGUCCGGGGCCCACCCGGCGCGGUGAUCACUAUCUGGGAGCGUGGUCUGUGGGCGGGGCGAAUCCGAGGACGGGAACGGCGAGGGGGGACGUGUCGGAAAAACGCAAGCCAAGAGCGAGAGAAAGUGAACAUCAAGAAAAGCGAACCAAAAAGCGUGAUCGCGGAAAGGACAAGAAAAGCCAAGCCGAAAAAAAACCCAAGGGAAAAUAA